AUGGCGUUGAAAUGCUUCUUGCGUCCCUGGCAGUGGACGCUGUGGCUGCUGCUUGCCUCUUACUGCCGCGCAUUCUACAUCCCCGGCUACUCGAUCAAUCGGUAUAACGACGGCGACAGCAUCCCGCUUCUCGUGAACAAGAUCUUCUCCGACUUUACACAACUCCAAUAUGCCUACUUCGACCUCCCCUUCGUCUGCCCCCCGAGUGGGCGCACACACGGCGGCUCCCCCUUCGGCUCCGGACAGAGUAUCUCGUUAAACUUGGGCGAAAUUCUACGCGGAGACCGGAUUAUGACGUCUGAUUUCGAACUGGCGAUGGGCAGGAACGUUGAGUGCCAACCGCUCUGUACGCAGGAGGUCGGGCGGAAAGACGUCCAAUGGGGCCGUGAGCUUAUCAGGGAUGGAUACGUCGCGGAGUGGAUUGCGGAUAACUUGCCUGGAGCUACGAGCUUCGUUACUGUCGAUCGGAGUCGAAAGUAUUAUUCUACAGGGUUUAAGCUUGGGUACCAGGAGAUUUCACCGGAGGAUGGCAAGCGGAGAUAUUUCCUGAAUAACCACGUUACUAUUGUGAUUCGUUGGAGGCAGGCUUCUGAUGGACAGGGGAAGGUUAUUGUUGGGUUCGAGGUCUAUCCGAAGAGUAUUACGGCUAGCGAUCAUGAGGAGAGUGGAUGUCCGAAGCAAGUUCAUGAUCCCCACGCUGGAUUCGAACUGAACAUUCCGCCGAACUUGUCGAAGUUGAAGGAGAAGUACCCCGGAUCGUCGUAUCUUCCUGAAUACGAUGAGGAUUUGGAAGACGGCGCGACACUGAAGAUACCGUAUACCUACUCGGUCUACUUCAGGGAAGAGAACGGCGUCGACUGGAAUAAUCGGUGGGAGCUCUAUUUCAACAACCAGGAAGAAGGCUCGACGACUCAUUGGCUGGCCAUUCUCAACUCAUUGACCAUCUCUGGUGUCCUUGGUGUUGCGGUGUAUGUGAUCUGGAGCCGGACUAUUCAGGGCGACAUCAAGGGCCGCGGAGAUGGAGCGAUGGACGACACAAAGAUCAAACUUGGUAGUUCCAAAGGUAAAAUCCAGGGCGAAGGACUCUUAGAGCAAGGAACAGAUGUUGAACGUGAUGCCGAUGCUGGUUCUGAUGACGACGAAUCUAUCGAGGACGUGAGCGGAUGGAAGCUUCUUCACGGGGAUGUUUUCCGCGUGCCUGAAUAUAGUGGGCUGCUUGCACCUCUAGUUGGCUCGGGAAUGCAGCUCAUGUUCGUGGUCUCGGGAUUGCUUCUGCUCAGUUGCUUGGGUAUCUUAAACCCUAGCUUCCGAGGUGGAUUCGUUAGUGUUGGCAUGGGCCUGUUCAUCUUUGCGGGGCUCUUCUCCGGUUACUUCUCUGGGAGACUGUACAAGACCUUUGGUGGUUCGAACUGGCGCAGGAAUACUUUAAUUACCGCACUUCUCUUCCCCGGGUUGACCUUUUCCCUCGUAUUCAUUCUGAACUUGUUUACCUGGGCUCAAGCCUCCAGCACAGCCAUUCCAUUCGGGACGCUAGUUAGCCUAGUAGCCCUAUGGCUCCUCAUCCAAGUACCCCUGGUCUACCUCGGCAACUGGCUAGGCUACGUCCGCGCCUCACCCUGGGAGCACCCAACCAAAACUACCUCAAUCGCGCGCCAAGUCCCCAUCCAGCCCUGGUACCUGCGUAGCGUCUCCGGCACCCUCCUAACAGGCCUAAUCCCCUUCGCCGUCCUCUUUAUCGAACUCCUCUUCCUCUUCCGCAACCUCUGGCAAGACAAAUCCGGUUACUACUACGUCUUCGGCUUCCUAAGCUCCGUCUCCCUAAUCCUCCUUGUCACAAUCGCCGAAGUAACCAUCAUCGCCACGUACUCACAACUCUGCGCUGAGAACCACCACUGGUGGUGGCAGAGUUUCUUGACCGGCGGCAGCAGCGCGUUCUGGAUCUUUGCGUACUGCAUCUGGUAUUACCUAUUCAAACUGAACGUGACAGGGUUCGUGUCGGGGUUGUUGUUUUUCAGUUAUAGUUUCCUGGCGUGUGCGGUUUAUGGGCUGUUGACGGGGACGGUUGGGUUUUUGACGGCUUAUGCCUUUGUUAAGAGGAUUUAUAGUUCUGUUAAGGUUGAUUGA